ACGAGCAAGCAGUUGAGUCAAUAUUAAGUGUCUCGAAUGAAGGAAAGGAAAGAGGAUUUAUUGUUUCUACGAAGAUUCAAGUAGAAAAGAUGUGUCCAGACAAAAGUCCCAUCUACACGACCAAAAUUCCUCUCGAUGAAGAGGAGACCAAAAAACAAAAAAUCUGUUCGAGAACACUUCUCACCUGCAUUCUAGCGACUAUCUUGAUAGGUUUAUGCGUUGUCCUCACCAUUGAAUUCCUGUAUCCAUUAGAGAGAAAGUACAGGGUGGAAGAUAUUGAUGAAGUUCGAAUCUAUGAUGGAAAAGAGAUUGGCCUUAAUAGGCUGGCAGAUCACCUCUUUGACGACAAAGGUCCGUGGCACCUUGAUUUCUUAAUCAACCCUACGAGAUUGUGUGAAACUGUGAAUUUACCGAACACCAACGCUUACAUCAAAGAUCCAGAAGUCAAGCUGUUGAUACUUGUACCCUCGGCUACUAGUCACUUUGAGCACAGGAAGGUCAUCAGGAAAACAUGGGGAUCCAUUGCCCAAGAGCCUUUUGGUCCCCUGCGUUUGGGUUUCGUGUUGGGGACCACCCCGAAUGCCACAGAGACUGAACUCAUCGAGCAAGAGAGCGUCACCCACGGGGACAUCAUACAGGCUAACUUUGAGGACACGUACCGCAAUCUGACGACGAAGAGUGUCCUCAUGCUGAAGUGGGUGAGCAAGUACUGCGCACACGCCCAGUAUUUUCUGAAGGCAGACGAUGAUACUUUUGUCAAUCUUCACGAGAUAGCAAAGAUCCUCCAGAAAGAUCCUUACCAAUCACAGGACAAGUUUAUCAGUGGUUAUGUUCACAAAGAAGCUCUUCCUUACAGAAGUCCGGAUGAGAAGUACUACAUUUCGGAAGAAGAUUUUCCCAAGCAGAAGUUUCCACCUUACGCAUCUGGAUCUGCGUACAUGAGUACAGGCAAUACAGCCUCUCAGCUGUACGAAGCUUCCAAAACAGUGAAACCAUUCCUCUCCCUCGAAGACAUAUUCGUGACAGGUCUUUGCGCCGAAGACAUUGAUGCCAUGCUCUUCCACGAACCCACUUUCCUCUACAAGGAUCCACCCAAACCUAUUUCCUGGGACACCUACAGCACAUAUGCCACAGCCCACAGUGUAACGCCUGAUGAAAUCGAACAAAUCUGGAAUGAAAUGACCAGAAGCUUAUUCGGAAGUAUAUUCGACUCUUUCGGAUUACCCAGCUUCAUGUUCCCGGAUCUCAACUUAUUCGAAUCCCUGGAAAGUGAAGACUCACACUUCGAGGAUUUGUUCUUAUUCCCCAACAGAAACAGUGGAAGAAUUCUUUUCGAUAUAAACGACGACUUUUUUAACAAAAUUCUUAACAUACCAGGUGGACAAAAUUUGAUGGAUUCCAUAAACAGUUCACGAAUGAAGAGUAAAGAGAGGGGGUCGUCGAGAAUUUCUCUUCUCGAUUUUCCACAAACUGAAGUUUUUAAUUUGACUUUCUUCGUCAGAAAGUAAGAUACGAAACGAUGACGUCACAGAAAGUCUCUGUGAUAAGGACUAUCGGAUUAUUGUGUGUCCAUUCUCCAACAAACACAUUUGUCUCGUGAUCACUGGUAUGAACAAUGUAUGGAUAUAAAUAUAAUAAAUGGGAUUGUUGAUAAAUUA